AUGGUCAAUGAGGACAACAAGACCGCGUCGAGAGACGGCUGCAGGAGCAGCAACGUGCCUACAAGCGCCGAGCCACCACUUGCUGCUCCUCCUCACAAGAGCUCUGGAUGGCGCUCGUUCUGGUCAAUGUUGUCAGCCGCUGUGGUGCUCGUUGCAGUGGGUUGCGCCACGUACGUCGACGUGCCUCUAGCCGUCCAGAGCCUGCAGCGUUUCGUCGUCGAUCGCGUGUACAAUGCUGAGAUGAUCAUGUUCGGGCUUGGACUUGGAAACAGUAGCAACGAAACGCUCCCGGACAAGUACACGACGGACCUCGUGGCGAUCCAAGUGCGGCACCUCGUGAGCGACUUGACGUGCAACGACUCGGACUACUCGGCGUCGACGCUUCUUGACGGCCAUGUAGUGUCUGUGACGGAGCCAAUGGAGGCUGAGCAGCCAAUGGCCGACGACAGAGUGUUUUUCAUGCUCAACGGCGCCAACGAGGGCGUCUACGUGUCGUGGAACGGUCAGUUCGACUGUAUUAGCAAGGCAGCUGAGCUGGCUGCAGCGUGGCUCGGUGCCGACCGAGACGUGAUGGCGAAUGGAGUGCGUCUUUAUAGUCAGAUGGGCUGGCCCGUCCGCAACGCGAAGGAGUUGCGUGACGCAAAGAACAUUGUCCAUGUGCUGCUGGACUUUCAGUUGUGGCAGUGGCCGGGUAUCAAGAAGGGGUACGCGUACGUGUUGGAGAAUGGUGUGACGCUAACGAUGGUGGGGAUCAGCCCUAAGGUGUUUGAUGUCCAGUAUUUCCUCACCCAGGAAGAGGCCGAUCGAGCCAUUGAAAUUGGAUCGCCAAAGCUGAACCGGUCGAUGGUGGGCGGAGAUAAUUCGACCCAGGUUGAAUCGAAUGCUCGCACGAGCCACACAGCAUUUUUGCCCGAUAGCGUGUUUGCGCGAGACUUCCAAAAGCGCUCAGCUCUUGUUGCACGGCUCCCGAGUCCUUCGUAUGUGGAAAAGAUGCAAUUGGUGCGCUAUGGUGCGGGCGAGCUCUACAGACAGCAUUUUGACACUUUUCACUCGCGCGAGUUCCUUCCGAAAGUCACGGAUACGUACACGGUUGAGGACUACGUAGAGUGGACCGAGUGGGCUGCAGACAAACUUCGUGGCAUGAACCCGAACAAGGUGCCUGAGAGGUUUCGAGAGGGUGGACCGCUGUUCCCGAACGCCAACGACACCAUGGUCUUUCCUCGUGCUCUCCUUGGGAUAUUCCGCGACUACAUGAACUCGGCGAACCGAUUCACAGCUAUGUUCGACACCGCCUACGACGACUGGCUUCGUUCAAGUCUGAAUAGCAGCGCCGAGAUCGUGAUGAAGGUUUUGGUGGAGGAUACGAACCGUCCGUCAUACAUCCCGUCCAUCAUCAGGUCAUGGGAGGAGGAGCUGGGCCUUGGCGAGCUGCGGUACACGUUUCCCAAGCACGACACAAACUCUGUGACGCAUUUUCUCCAGUGGGUUCGCUGGGCCAGGGAACGCGUGAGUUUCUUGGGGGAUAAAGUGCCGGCUGCUGUCCGUCCCGGUGGGGAACUGUAUCCCCAGUUCAGGGUAAACUUUCAGGAGAUGCUGCUUGGGUUCAUCCUUGAUGAUUACUCUGAAGGAUUCGUCACGCGCGUGACGAGCGAGGAAUGGUACAACUGGAUGGGAAUCAACCGCGGACGCAACAAUAUCCUUAUUCAAGUGCUUCAGGCGUUCCCCCAGUUCGCAGAGCUAGCGAUCCGCACUUGGGAAGCACGCACCGGUGGUAUCCCGGAGCUGCGCUACAAGCUGCCCAAUUACGUCCAGCAAUUCAAUCCGCAGCGCUACGUGACGCUGUUUCUGUACUUGAACAACCAGACAAAGGCCGGCGGUGAGACUGUCUUUCCCUUCUCAUUGGAUCGGUAUUCGGAUGAGGAGAUCGUGCGCGAGGGCAUGAACGAGUGCUCUACAGGUCUCGCCGUGCCUCCCCUCGCUCUGCACGCUUCCCUUUUUUACGUCCAAACUCCCGAGGGCGUGCCCGACUUCAUGAGUCGUCACGGUGGUUGUCCGCCUUCUGAAGGUGUGAAAUGGGGCGCCAACUUGUUUAUGUGGGACUCGGACUCUGCCGAUGGCGCCAAAUAUUGGACCACCUAG